AUGUCCAAGCAUAUCGCCAUUGUUGGAGCAGGACCAUCUGGCCUGAGCCUCGCAGCUCUCUUGCAACACCACUCGAUCCCCUUCACCAUUUUCGAGCGAGAAAAGUCCACUAGCUCUCGCUUUCAAGGCGGCUCUCUCGACCUUCAUCCGGAGUCUGGUCAAGCAGCCUUGUUCGAAGCUGGUCUUGAGGAGCAGUUCAAGAAGUACGCGCGCUAUCACGACCAGGACUAUCGCUUUGGCGAUAAGAAGGCCGUUGCUUGGUUAUUCCACAAAGCAACUGCUGAUGCAGAGGGACGUCCAGAGAUAGACCGAGCGAAGCUUCGCAAGAUUCUUAUUGAGUCGCUUGACCCGGAGAAUAUCAAGUGGGAUCAUCGACUCUCUGAGAUUGUUCCACUAGAGGAUGGCAGGGUCAAGUUGGUUUUUGAGAAUCAACCUGAUCCUGUUGUGACUGACCUCCUUGUGGGGGCUGAUGGAACCUGGUCUAAGGUACGACCGUUUCUGACGAGCUGGACGCCUGAGUACACAGGGCUGACGGUUAUCGACUGCCGUAUCUCCAACGUGGACAAGAGGUUCCCAGAACUUGGAGAGUUCAUCGGCCGAGGCACUUCAUUCUUCCUCUCCGAAGGCAGUGGCAUUUUCAUCCAGCGCAAUGGGGAUGACAGCGUGAGAGUCUACCCCUGUCUACGAGUCGAAGAGGAAUGGCACUCAAAAGAUCCCUCCUUCGACUGGAAUGACGCAAAGAAAAUGACUGACUAUUUGAUCAAUAACUUCUUCUCCACCUGGGAUCCUCGUCUUCUGGAUGUCAUUCGCAACGUCGAUACAAACAUGACUCCCCGUGCUCAGUAUAGGAUGCCACUCGGUCUUCGCUACGAACACAAGCCUGGAUUGACUCUGAUCGGAGACUCUCUACAUGUUAUGUCGUGGUUUGCCGGAGAGGGCGCGAACCUGGCUAUGCUAGACGCCCUGGACCUUUUCUAUGAAGUCAAGGCGCACCCAGGUGAUUUGGAUCUUGCUGUCCGUCGUUAUGAGGAAAAGGUAGUUGCCACCGGACGAGCGGAUAACACAAACGAAAUGUCGCAGGAUCUACUUGUCAAGGCCAUGUCAGAUGAUGCUCCUAGGGCUUACGUUGAGGGAAUGGCGAAGGCCAUGGAUGUUUGGUUUACUGAUGGGAAGUUGCUGGAUAAGAUCGAUCGAGAGACUCUAUUCAAUAACUGA